CGAGGAAGACGGAUGACGUUGACUUCACCACGGAAGUCUGCUCGGAGGCCAGUCAGCAAUGGAGCUAUCGAGAUUGAGUGGAGGGGCAGGUGGAGGGGUGGGCGAGAUGGUGGCAUCUCGUGGUCAGCGUGAAGAAGGCGUCCUUGCGCAGGGAGCAACAUACGCGGAGCUUCUACAGGAGAUACAUUUAUCAGAGAAUCUUCAACGUCAGGCAGACAAAUGGGUGGCCGGGCUGGAAGACUCGCAGCAGCACAUGCAACAGAUUGCUGGAGCCUUGGCCUCCGCGGCCCAGGCUGGGUCAAUGGUGGAUUUGGGGGGAUCUACUAUGUCCACAUGGCUGGAGGAUAAGUGCCGGCAGUUGACAACUAUCCUCUGGCAGAUUGUGGAGGAUCCAGAACUGGAGCCGUUUGUAAAUUGGCAGCGGGCGGAAACUCUGAUAAUUAACUGUAACAUGAUCUACAGCGAAGGAAUUGAUUACUACGAUCAAUUGAAGGAGAGGCUGUUGAAUGAAACAUUUACGAUGGCGCGUGCGACCAUGAAGUCAGUAACAGCAACAAUCAACACAACGGCGCCAACUCCGCGGCUUACAUCUGCAGCAGUGUCAGAGAUGUCUCUACCGAUUGGAACACCUACGACGGCGAGUGCAACCAUGGCUUCAGCAACAGCGACAAUCAACACGACGGCGAUGUCCCCGCUGCUUGCAUUUGCAACGGUGUCAGCGAUGUCUCUACCGACAUCUGCAUACGAUAUCCAUUUCGACAAUAAUUACUACACCAACUACACCAGCACUGUGCACGACGGAGGUAUGGAAGGGAAGCUGUCUCCAGGGGAGCAGUGGCUGAGGCUCUUCCUGCCCUAAUGGGAAGAGGCGUGUGGAUUUAGCGUGUGGAUUUAGUGUUGUAAUCAAAUUCAUAAUUGGAG